AUGGUGGUCGGCGAGUCGGGCCUCGGUAAGACGACCCUCAUCAACACGCUCUUUGCCAGCGAGAUCUGCGCCCCUCGCAACUACCGCCAGCGCUUUGCCAAGCAGAUGGACAAGACCACCGAGGUCGAGAUCCUCAAGGCCGACCUUGAGGAGCGCGGCUUCAACAUCAAGCUGACUGUCAUUGACACUCCCGGCUUUGGCGACUAUGUCAACAACCGCGACUCGUGGACUCCCAUUGUCGAGUUUAUCGACGACCAGCACGAGUCGUACAUGCGCCAGGAGCAGCAGCCCCUCCGUACCGACAAGCAGGACCUCCGCGUUCACGCCUGCCUGUACUUUAUCCGCCCCUCGGGCACCAGCCUCAAGCCCCUCGACGUCGAGGUCAUGAAGCGUCUUGGCUCGCGCGUCAACCUCAUCCCUGUUGUCGCCAAGGCCGACACCAUGACCCCCGAGGACCUCCUUGCCUUCAAGCAGCGCGUCCGCGAGGUCAUUGACGCCCAGGGCAUCAAGUGCUACCUCCCUCCCGUCGACGUCGACGACGAGCAGGCUGCCGAGAACGCGCGCCACAUGCAGUCCGUCAUGCCCUUCUCGGUCAUUGGCUCCAUCGACGACGUUACCACCACCGAUGGCCGCGUCGUCAAGGGUCGCCAGUACCUCUGGGGUGUUGCCGAGGUCGAGAACGAGGACCACUGCGACUUUAAGAAGCUCCGCUCGCUCCUUAUCCGCACCUACAUGCUCGACCUCAUCACCUCGACCGAGGAGACCCACUACGAGUCGUACCGUCUGCAGCAGAUGGAGACCCGCAAGUUUGGCGAGCCCAAGGUCAAGAAGCUCGACAACCCCAAGUUCAAGGAGGAGGAGGAGUCCCUUCGCAAGCGCUUCACCGAGCAGGUCAAGCUCGAGGAGGCCCGUUUCCGCCAGUGGGAGCAGCACCUCAUCGCCGAGCGCGACCGUCUCAACAAGGACCUCGAGCAGGCCCACUCGCAAAUCAAGGCCCUCGAGGGCGAGAUCGACAACAUGGCCGCAUACCACCGCCAGGGCGGCACCGUGCGCCGUUAA